GCUGGUGGCGCUGCACUUUGGGCGUUUUCCAGCACAGCACGGCAACUACCGUCGAGUCAAGUUAAUUUUCUCUGGCCUGGAAAAAUGAUGGAGUUGCACUCGAACGACGUUGACCUGGAGGAUGGCGAGCUAUCGGACAGCGACGACGAUGGCGUUUAUACGCCGUUGCAGCGACCUGCAGGUGCGGAGAAGGUGGCUAGCCCCCUUACCACCUGUCACCAGAUCCAGUCGGCGCUGGAGGACGAAUCGCAGAGUAACAGCGACUCUUCGUCGGCCGAGUCCUCAGAGGACGGGUGCAUCAAGAAGCUGCGCACGGAUUCCACUGGACGCGGCGGAGGUCACAAAAAGCGGAAAAAGCGCAUCCAGCGCACUGUGAUGCGACGCGUACCACCCACAGACGCCGAUAUGCAGCCCAAUCGAGCCCGCUUCAAGAAGUACAACGUGUGGGCCUCCGCCCUGCAAGAGGAGGCGCUCAGCGAGAAUAUGCGUGGCUGCGACGUAACGCGAAGUGGGCGGGAUCGGAACGUGGAGAACUACGAUUUCUCGCUCCGGUACCGGCUCAACGGAGAGAACAGCCUAAAGCGCCGGCUUUCCAACUCCUCGGAGGAUGGCGGUGAGUCCUCACAUCCGGCCCACAAACGGGGAAGGCCCUCUAGUCGACCCAAGGAUGAGUAUCCAGAGCGCGGAUCGGUAAAGAGCCGCCUUGGCCACCGGCCGCGACGGGGAACAUCCUCGGCCAGCGGUUCCUCCGACUCCUGCGAGCCCAGACACAUCCUAGACCUCAACGAAAUCGUCGGUCGGGAUCCCUCAGACGUGGCCGCCGAGAUGGCUAGUAAACUGUACGAGGAAAAAGACGAAUUACUGGUUCGAGUGGUGGAAGUUCUGGGCAUGGAUUUGCCGAUGGAGCUAUACAAAGAAACUCAGCGCAUCGAAGCCGAUGGCGGCAUGAUGAUCAAAAAUGGCAAACGGAGACGUACACCGGGCGGUGUAUUCCUGUUCCUGCUGAAACACCACGACAACAUAACCCAAGAGCAGCAGAAGUCAAUUUUCAGCGAAGAGCGCCAGAGCCUGAACAAGUCGCGCAAGCAAAUUGAAACGAUGAUGCGGGACCGCAAGGUGGAAGAGUUGAAGAAGUGCCUCAGUCAACAGGUCCCAGAGCUGCCCGCUUUGAGCCAGCGCAAGGAGCACUACAUGCAGGGCGACGAGCUGAGGGCCGAGAGUCAGCCGGCCAAUUUGUCCAACCCGCCACCCUCGCCCGUCGGCGCUGGUCAGGAGGAGGACAGUCCUGAGUACAGAACGCAUGAGAUCAACAUAAAUUUGGUGGAAAGCGCCGAACUGCCCUCCACAUCCAAGGCGGCUGCAGCGGCGGAGGCUCAAGGAGCCCCACUCAAGGGAUUAAUCAGCUACGACGACGACUUUCUGGACGUCAAUUGCGGGGACAUGGACUUCUUCUAGGCCCACGCCAAGCGCCGGGCCCCUUUUAUACCACACUUGCAUAGAUAGAACCAUAUUUGUACAAUUAAAUAAAUGCCUAGCGAAUUAGGACUCAAAAUGUAA